AUCAAAGGAACUACGAACUCAAAGCCAAGGUAAUCACUCAUUCUCAUCACAAGUCCAUUAAGGUGAUGUAAGCAAACACAAAAAAAGUAGGAGAAAACAUGAUAGAAGAGGAGAUUGAGGUAGACGUCGAUAUUAAAACCAGGGCUGACAAGUUCCACAAGUUCAUCAGAAGAUCACAACAUGUGCCCAAAGCCACUCACUACAUUAAGGGAUGUGAUCUGCUCGAAGGCGAGUGGGGAAAAGUUGGAAGCAUACUCUUGUGGAAAUUAGUUUUUGAUGGAGAGCCACGAGUGUCAAAGGAUAUGAUCGAGGUAAUAGAUGAGGAGAAGAAUGUGAUUCAGUUGAGGGUGUUAGAGGGACCUCUGAAGAAAGAAUACAAGAGCUUCCUGAAAACGAUGAAAGUGAUGAGCCCUAAGCAUGGAGGGCCCGGAAGUGUGGUGAAGUGGAACAUGAAAUAUGAGAGGAUUGAUCAGAACGUGGAUCACCCAAACAGGCUUCUCCAGUUCUUCGUCGAAGUGACUAAAGAGAUUGACCAAUACCUCUUGUCUAAGGAUUAAUUAGGGGACAGUUCUGCUUGGCUUAUGUGUGGGAGAGUUUUGUAUGCCUAUGUGUGAAAGUUGCUAGUUGUAACAUUUUGAGUAAUUGAGCUUCUCGUAUUUAUAAGUACAUGUACAUAUAAUAUGAUAUGUGUUUAUAUAUUCAUAAAAUCAUAUCAUAUUGUAGUUUAAGCCUUCUUAAGAAAAAGUGAAAUUUCCCAAUUUUUAUCA